AUGACCAGUUCCGGUGGUGGAAGCUCGUCGAAACCAAGAAGUGCUUCUUUUCAACCUUCCGAAACUUCUUCAAAGCGCAAAAGAGGAGUCUUCCAAAAAGAACUGCAGCACAUGAUGUACGGCUUUGGAGAUGAUCCAAAUCCUCUUCCUGAAAGUGUGGCGCUUACGGAGGAUAUUGUUGUGGAAUAUGUCACGGAAUUGGUACAUAAAGCUCAAGAUAUUGGAUCACAGGGAGGGAAGCUAUCUGUUGAGGAUUUCCUUUAUUUGAUUCGCAAGGUACUUCUUUGUUCAUAA